AAGAUGAAUUGCAUAUAUAGUAUGCAGUCUUGCAGGAAUAAGAAACCAAAGGUGAAUCUGAUACUGCUCGUAAAAUGAGCGAGCCAAAUUCGAUAAUGGCUUAUCACACACCAAACAGAGGCGAGCAGGAGUGGAGGUACAGGAGUGCAGAUAAAAACCAGAUAGAUGUGAUGAUCCAUAUCAGGGGGUCUCCUUCCCAGCUUCAGGAAUUGUUUCAAGGUUCACCAGUUUAUGCAGGAGGCUAUUAUGGAACUCCAAGAUCAAUUGGAGGAAACAAUUGUUCAUUAUGUGAACCAGACUAUUCUAGAAGCUCAGUUUGUGAUUCUAAUGAAGGGGUGCACUUGCAAAAACUAGAAAGGGAAUCAAGGGAACCAACGAUCAGAAGAACACACCAAAAGCAGUCUUCUGGUGGCUGUUGCAUAAUCUUCUCUCCUUUGGUAAAACUAGUGGAAUGCUUAACCGUGGUGCUUACUUGUUGCUUUUAAGUUGAACUAGAGUUCAAACAAAGAAUCAAUACAUGCACAAGACCUUCAAGAAAGAGUGUAAGGACUAUCAAGUUUCGACACUGUAAGAGCUGUAAACUUGAAAAUAUGUGCUAAACUGAAGUUAAUUUAUGUGUGUGGUACUCCCGUAAGUUCUAUCAAAUGGCAAUCUUCUUUAU